AUGGCCCGGAGACCCCGGCACAGCAUAUACAGUAGCGAUGAGGAUGAUGAAGACAUUGAGAUGUGUGACCAUGACUAUGAUGGGCUGCUUCCCAAGUCUGGAAAGCGUCACUUGGGGAAAACUAGGUGGACCAGGGAAGAGGAUGAAAAACUAAAGAAGUUGGUGGAACAGAAUGGAACAGAUGACUGGAAAGUUAUAGCCAAUUAUCUCCCGAACAGAACAGAUGUGCAAUGCCAGCAUCGAUGGCAGAAAGUACUAAACCCUGAGCUCAUCAAGGGUCCCUGGACCAAAGAAGAAGAUCAGCGAGUGAUAGAGCUUGUACAGAAAUACGGUCCGAAACGUUGGUCUGUUAUUGCCAAGCACUUAAAGGGGAGAAUUGGAAAACAAUGUAGGGAGAGGUGGCAUAACCACUUGAAUCCAGAAGUUAAGAAAACCUCCUGGACAGAAGAGGAAGACAGAAUUAUUUACCAGGCACACAAGAGACUGGGGAACAGAUGGGCAGAAAUCGCAAAACUACUGCCUGGACGAACUGAUAAUGCUAUCAAGAACCACUGGAAUUCUACAAUGCGACGGAAGGUGGAGCAGGAAGGUUAUCUACAGGAGUCUUCCAAAGCCAGCCAGCCAACGGUGGCCGCAAGUUUCCAGAAGAACAAUCAUUUGAUGGGCUUUGCGCAUGCUCCACCAUCCGCUCACCUUCCUCCCACUGGACAGCCCUCAGUGAACAAUGACUAUUCCUAUUACCACAUUUCUGAAGCACAAAAUGUCUCCAGUCAUGUCCCAUAUCCUGUCGCAUUACAUGUCAAUAUAGUCAAUGUUCCACAGCCUGCUGCUGCAGCCAUUCAGAGACACUAUAAUGAUGAAGACCCUGAGAAAGAAAAACGAAUAAAGGAAUUAGAAUUGCUCCUAAUGUCAACUGAGAAUGAGCUCAAAGGACAGCAGGCACUACCGACACAGAACCACACAUGCAGCUACCCCGGGUGGCACAGCACCACCAUCGCCGACCACACCAGACCUCAUGGAGACAGUGCACCUGUUUCCUGUUUGGAAGAGCACCACUCCACGCCAUCUCUGCCGGUGGAUCCUGGCUGCUUACCUGAAGAAAGCGCCUCUCCUGCAAGGUGCAUGAUCGUCCACCAAGGAGCCAUUCUGGAUAAUGUUAAGAACCUCUUAGAAUUUGCAGAAACACUUCAAUUUAUAGAUUCUUUCUUAAACACUUCCAGUAAUCAUGAAAACUUAGACUUGGAAAUGCCUUCUUUAACUGCCACCCCUCUUAGUGGUCACAAACUGACUGUUACAACACCAUUUCAUAGAGACCAGACUGUGAAAGCACAAAAGGAAAAUACUAUUUUCAGAACUCCAGCUAUCAAAAAGUCAAUCCUAGAAAGCUCUCCCAGAACCCCUACACCAUUUAAACAUGCACUUGCAGCUCAAGAAAUGAAAUAUGGCCCCCUGAAGAUGCUACCUCAGACACCAUCUCAUCUAGUAGAAGAUCUGCAGGAUGUGAUCAAACAGGAAUCUGAUGAAUCUGGAAUUGUCACUGAGUUUCAAGGAAAUGGACCUUUACUGAAGAAGAUCAAACAAGAGGUGGAAUCUCCAACUGAUAAAGCAGGAAACUUCUUCUGCUCCAACCACUGGGAAGGAGAGAGUCUGAACACUCAGCUGUUCACACAGGCAUCACCUGUGGCAGAUGUGCCAAAUAUUCUUACAAGUUCCGUUUUAAUGACGCCAGUAUCAGAAGAUGAAGACAAUGUCCUCAAAGCUUUCACAGUACCUAAAAACAGGUCCCUGGCAAGUCCCUUGCAGCCUUGUAGCGGGGCCUGGGAAGCUGCAUCCUGUGGGAAGAUGGAAGAUCAGGUGACAGCCACUGGUCAGGCUCGGAAAUAUGGGAAUGCCUUCUCAACCCGGACUCUGGUCAUGUGA